CUGCUUUCUCGCAACAAAGCUGAACCAUUUCUCAAUCCAAUUGUUAAGUGUGAUGAAAAAUGGAUCAUGUAUGAUAAUCGUAAGCGUUCAUCACAAUGGUUGGACAAAGAUGAACCACCAAAACACUGUCCGAAACGAGACGUCCACCAGAAGAAGCUGAUGGUCACUGUUUGGUGGUCUGGCUCAGGUGUCAUCCACCACAGCUUUAUGGAACCUGGCCAAUCGAUCACGGCGGAUGUCUACUGCUAUCAACUAGACGAAAUGAUGAGAAAUCUUGCGAUUAAACAGCCAAAAUUAGUUAAUCGGAUGACUCCAAUCCACCUGCACGACAACGCUCGACAACAUGCCGCACGAAUGACCGUGUCAAAGCUACAGCAAUUGAAGUUGGAAACUCUUCGUCACCCACCGUACUCGCCAGACCUUGCCCCAACUGACUAUCAUUUCUUUCAAAAUUUAAACAACUUCUUAUCGGGAAAAAAAUUCAAUUCCGCACAGGCUAUAAAAGUGGCGUUUCAAGAGUUCAUUGACUCCCGUGAUCCAGGCUUCUACAGCAAAGGGAUAAGUGAGUUACCUCUAAGAUGGCAAAAGUGUAUUGUUGUAUAUACACAUAUAAGUAUGUGCAUACUUUGAUUAAAAAUAAAAUGUUCUUAUUGGAAAAAAAUCGAAUUCACAUAUGUGCCUUUUUUGCUCCAUUUCAUACUUGACAA